AUGCGGCAAGCGCUAUGUACUGUUGUUGUUUGCAUUUGUUCGUGCUCUUUGAUCGCUGUUCAAGCUGAACGAGUUCAGUGUGGUGGAGUAAUAUCUGCAGAAACAAGACGAUAUAUAAAUGCAUACGUUUGUCCAACAAAACAUCAUCGUGAAAAAGAGAAUCGAUGCUGUAAUCCGCCUGAGUUUAAUUGUUGUCGUGAACCGACAAUUCUCGAGAAUUAG